CGUUGUCGGCGCGCUUUGACUAAUUAGCGAGAUCGGCGGCCGACUGGGGAUGCUUUCGCGAAAAUGACGCUCGCCGUGGAGACACGUGACAGGGUCUCGUCGUCAGCUACAAUGUCCAGGGAAUCGGCGCGCUCUGCCCCAUCCUCCUCCUCCUCGUCGUUGUCGCCGUCCACGUCAUCGGCUUCAGUUACUCCGUUAAUCAUUGGUGGUUCCUAUUCCAGCGUGCCAGGAGCCCAUGAUGAUGUCAGUGGAAGGAGUAGCCGGGGCGUGCAAGGGAUUACUGUUGGUGAAUCGUUCCCUCAAUUACUACAGUAUCUCUGCAAUGUUUUCUGGUUUUAUCCAGCCUACGUCAUUAGCUUCGUCAUCAACUGUUUAUGGUACAACGACGUUGCAACUCAUGCGUUUAACGUUAUUCAGGAAGAGAGAGUUGGAGGAACGGAGGCAUCAUCAAAGGAAGCAGUGAAGUCCAGCUCGAAGAAAAGGCGAUCCAGGAGAGGGUCCAUCGCCGGAACAAGUGCAGCAACUGCAAGAUCAGACGCUGCAGCAAGCUCUGGUCUUGAAAGUGUUUUCAAGGCCAUCAGUGAAGAGAUAUACCGCAUUUUGAUGUUUGCUGUGUUUUUCAUCCAGGUCUAUGCAGUGAGAUUUCUGCCAUUUGCAGGGCCUGGCCUGAACUUCAUCCUUCUAUCCUGGCUGUAUGCGUACUACUGCUUCGAUUAUAAAUGGGCUCUCUUGGGAUGGACCCUUAACAGAAGACUUUGGUUCUUUGAAACCUAUUGGGCCUACUUCCUUGGAUUCGGGAUUCCAUGUGCAGUCAUAUCCUCAUUUUUCUCUUCCCUUGUCGGGAGCGGAGUUAUGUCAUUUCUUUUUCCAUGGGAGUAUGAAGCUCUGAAGAGAUGCACUGGAGCAUACCUUCCCUUUUACUCUGCCUCCUGAAAUAACGUGCAAGUGGGCUGUGAAGGCACACAGGGAUGUGGGCAGCUGCCGCUCAACCACAAUCAAUGUGGGCAGCCUUG